GGAAAGCUUAGUGUAAUAUUUUCUAUAAUCUAUAAGUUCUAACAAAAUUGAAUCCUAAUACUGGUACAUAUCAAUUAACAAUAAUUAUUUUAGUAUAAAAACGAGUCAAACAGAAAGUAUUUAUUUUUAAAUAGUAUUAAGUUAACAAUCAGUUUCAGUGGUCAAAAGGCACUCGCAUCUAGUUGGCGCCUUGAGAACACAAAGAAAUCUGGCAACAGUGCAGCCGCGCCCCUCCCAACCGUCAUCUUGUUAUUGUAGUGACUCACGGCCCACGCUCGUCGCGUAUCACGUAGUCUGUACUCAUCCGCCGACUUGUACACUUAUAGUGUUGUGUUUUCUGUAUUCGUUGCCUCCACUGGUUUGUUUAAUGUUUAGUUUAAUCUGCAGUUCUAAAAAAAUGGCAUCUCAAAAUAAUCGAAAACGACCGAAUCCAAAAUCAAUUAUUAGUUCAUAUUUUCAAAAAGUUGAGAAAAUAACAGACGACAAUGAACCACGUGUAAAAAAGACUAAUACAUCUUCAUCACAACCUGAUCCUGACUCAUGCAUAAAUACUUUAUCAAUUUCUCUUACCGAUGCUGCAUCUAACAACACCACUAUUGUGAACACUGAAGAGCACAAUGAAAACCAAAAUACAUCCCUAGAAUUAGGUAGAGAUGGUAGUUGUGCCAAUGACAUAGGGCUUUUUGUGAAUAAAAAGACAGAUGAAUUUACAAAGUGUCAAUUGUUAGAACGACAUUGGACACCGCCCAAAUCAUAUGAAUUCCCACAUUCAAUUCACACUAAAAAUGGCAAGGAAGUAAAACGUUACUUAGGUCAUCAACACCUGGAACAAAGAAAUUGGCUAGUUUUUUCCGACGUUAAAAAGGGGUUAUUUUGUAAGUUCUGCGUUUUGUUUUCCGAUAAAAAGUGUGGGCACAAUAAAGGGAUGUUAGCUCAGAACCUUGUAACCCAACCCUUGACUUCAUAUGCCAAGCUAUUGGGUAAAGACGGCUUCAUACAAACACAUGAAAACACGGCUUAUCAUAAAAUAUGCGUGCAGGCGACUUUGCUCAACUCUUUAUGCACGGCUGAGUUUGUAAUAUCAAUGAUGUCAUUGAUUGACGUUCUAAAAGUCUCAUUGCCGCUCAGUCGACUUCUACAAACACCAUCACUUGACACUAACCGGGCAUCUACCGCAGUCACCAACACCAUGGCAACAUUAAAAGAAAGAAGGAUUAAAUGUGAUGAUAUAUUCAAACAAAUAUUUUUUGAAACCAAAGCGCUAGCAGAGGAGCUGGAUGUUGAAUUGAAGUUACCAAGACGUACGGGCAGUCAAACUAAGAGAUCAAAUCACCCAGGAGACGUAGAAGAGUACUACAGACGAUCUAUUUAUAUACCUCUUCUUGAUAAUGUUUGUGCUGACUUAACAUCCAGGUUAAGUUAUAGCUCACUGGAAUGUUUUGGCCUACGAGGAAUAAUUCCCACCAAUAUAGUUGAGGAUGCCAGAGAAAAAAAUGAUCUCAUUGUCAAUUUAAAAAAAGGUUUCGAACAGUUUGCACCUAUUAUCGGUGAUGGAGAUACCCUAAGUAAUGAAAUUCAGUUUGAAGGUGAAGUGGACCUGUGGAAAAAUCACUGGAAGAUGAAGAAGGAGAAAGAGCAAAAUGUAAAACUCCCUGAAGAUAUAUUGAAAGUGUUAGACUCCUGUGACCCAAAUAUAUUUCCAAUUAUCCAUGAUGUUCUCAAAAUCUUGGCCACACUUCCAGGUACGUAAAUUAAUAAAUAAAAUUAGUCAUAUAGGUAUGGGCUGGCUGGGUGACUUUACAUACUUUAGAUAUGUGGGUUUAAAUGGAAAAGCACACAGAAUGGGUACUGUAUUACCUGAAGAGUAUACUAUAAGAACUAACCUAAGAAUAAAAUUGUUUUCCAAGUUUAACUUAAAUAAAUAUAAAUGUAACACACAAGCAAGUAAU